AUCAGAGAGGGAUCAGACAGUGGACGAUUCCUCAGCUCUUCUGUCUCGUCACCAUGAGGUUUGAUGAGAUCCUGGACGAAGUUGGUGGAUUUUCCAAGUUCCAGUUCCUGCUCCUGUUCAUCCUGUGCCUCCCCCGCGCCAUCCUCCCCCUCCACUUCCUGCUGCACAACUUCGCCUCUGCCACCCCUCCUCACCGCUGCGCCCUCAGGACCCUCCCAGAGGAUGGGGACCCAGGCCUGGACCCCGAGGUGCUGGCCCUCAGGAUCCCCCGACUGGACAACAAUUCCUUCAGCUCCUGUAGAGUCUACGACCCCCCGCUGACCUCUGACCUCGGACAGGGAAAUGGGACGGCACCGUGUCCUCACGGCUGGACCUACGACCGCUCACAGUUCAGCUCCACCACCGCCACUGAGUGGGAUCUGGUCUGUGAUGAUAAACAGCUGAAUCAAGCUCUCGCCACGUAUUUCUUCCUCGGCGUGACGCUCGGAGCCGUCCUGUUCGGACAGCUCUCAGACAGGUUUGGUCGUAAGUCGAUGCUCUUGGUGGCUUUUAUCACUGCCACCACUCUGGGAGUCACCUCAGCCUUCUCCACCUCCUACGUCAUGUUCGCUGUCUCCAGGGCGCUCUGCGGCGUGGCCCUCAGCGGCAUGUCCAUCAUCGGCGUGGUCCUCGGUAUCGAGUGGACAGACAUAAAGCACCGAACCUUCACCGGCACCGUCAUGAGUUUGUCAUGGAGCGUGGGGAACAUGCUCCUGGCCCUGCUCGCCUACUUCAUACGAGACUGGAGACACCUGAUGCUGGCGGUGACGGCGCCCUGCAUUGCCGCCAUCGUCUCCUGGUGGCUGCCCGAGUCGGCUCGAUGGCUGCUGGCCAACGGCAGAGCAGAGGAGGCCCAGAGGUAUCUGGUUCAGUGUGCCAAGAUGAACGGGAAGAACGAAAACACAUCCAAACUGGACACUGAGGUUCUGGGGAAGGUGAUGGUGUCUGAGGUGGCUGAGAAGAACCACUCCUACCUGGAUCUGAUCAAAACACCUCAGCUGAGGAAGAUCACCCUCUGCUCUGGAUUGUUCUGGUUCGCUGUUGCCUUCCUGUACUACGGGAUCAGCUUCAAGAUCUCAGGUUUCGGCGUCAGUAUCUACCUCACACAGUUCAUCUACGGCGCCAUCGAGGCUCCCGCCAAAGUCCUCACCUUCUUCGUCCUGGACUGGAUUGGACGGAGGAACGGCCAGGCCGGGUUUCUGAUCACCACUGGAGCUCUGAUUGCAAUAAACACUGCCAUACCUUUAGAGUACUCUGUGAUUCGUACCUGCGUCGCUGUGGUGGCCAAGGGUUUCUCUGAGGCGGCGUUCACCACAGCGUUCCUCUACUCAGCAGAACUCUACCCAACAAUCCUCAGGCAGUGUGGUCUGGGCUACACCUCCUCUCUCUGUCGGAUCGGAAGCUCCCUGGCUCCGAUGAUCAUGCUGCUGGAGGACGUCUGGCUUCUUUUGCCACCGCCGAUCUUCGCUGGGACAGGGAUUAUCAGCGGCAGCUUGGUUUUCCUGCUCCCAGAGACGCUCAAUGUCCGUCUGCCCGAAAAUAUCUUUGACGUCGAGGAGGGAAGGUAG